GGGAGUCUGAGCAUACUUGCACAACUGCACUGUAAAUACCGUCCGUUUUUACUCAGCAAGAGAAGAUUUUGUAAAUUAGGCCGUUUAAUUUAGCAACUUUAACCUGUCACUGCGAUGUCGAGUCAUUCCGCUUCUGGAGUUCCUAAAUGGGAAUUUCGCGUCCGCCUGAUACUGUGCAUUUUGGGGUUGGUUCUGUCGGUGUACGCGUUACACGUCGAGCUGUCCCGGGAAAACAAUCCCGAAUACCGGGCGAUGUGCGACCUCGGUAAUUCUGUGAGCUGCUCAAAAGUCUUCACAUCCAGAUGGGGACGUGGAUUUGGGCUCGUCCAGAUCUUUACCUCCAAAGACAGCGUGCUGAACCAGCCGAACAGUGUGCUGGGCAUCAUUUUCUAUACACUGCAGCUGGGCUUGGGUCAGACGGUGUCCAGCAGGGCAGGGUUUUUCCUGGUCAUGUCCUCUUGGGUGUCCGUGGCCGGAUCUGUGUAUCUGGCUUCUAUUCUGGCUUUCGUCUUGGGUGAUUUCUGUGUGGUUUGUGUCUCAACCUACAUCAUAAACUUUGCCCUUCUCUACACAAACCUGAAGAGAAGAACCGGACUAGAGGCACGCCUGAAGAAAGGGAAGAGCCAAUAAAAUCUGUUUCAUUUUGAGUUUCAAAGACUUUAAAUGGACAGUGCACUCAGAAAUGAGCGUUCAUCAUUACAAGUCUUUAUGAUUUAGUUUCUUCUAAUGAACACAAAAGAAGAUAUUCUGAAGGAUGUUGGUAACCAAACAGUUAGUGCUAACCAUUGACUUCCAUCUGUGCUUCCCACAGGUUUGAAAUAUUCUUGCGGUGGUAGCCGGAUUGAAACACUUUUUACCAACAUCAUGUAUAUUAACCAUAUGUGACAAAAUUAUUUUUAAUAAUAUUUUUAUUUAUUAUGAAACUUUUAUACAAUUUAACUGUUUAUUU